UAUCUAUAUAUAAUGUAGGGUUUUAGUAGGGGGCCCAUUUAUUCCGAAUUCUUUCUGCCGCAGCCGCCAUUCUUCUUCUUCUUCGUCCUCUUCUUCUCUGGACUGAAGAGAGAGAGAGAGGGGUUGGUCGGAGUGAGUGAAGAUGAAGACCAUACUCUCAUCUGAGACGAUGGACAUACCAGAUGGGGUGAAGAUCAAAGUGCACGCCAAGGUGAUAGAGGUGGAGGGUCCUCGUGGCAAGUUGAUUCGCAACUUCAAACAUCUCAACCUCGACUUUGAGCUCAUCACCGACGAAUCCACCGGCAAUAGGAAGCUCAGGAUCGACGCCUGGUUCGGUUCCCGCAAGACCACCGCUGCUAUCCGGACGGCGCUCAGCCACGUCGACAACCUCAUCACCGGCGUCACUAAGGGUUACCGCUACAAAAUGCGUUUUGUAUACGCUCAUUUCCCUAUCAACGCCAGCAUCGCCAAUUCUAACAGGUCUAUCGAGAUCCGGAACUUCCUCGGCGAGAAAAAGGUAAGGAAAGUUGAUAUGCUUGAAGGUGUGAGCAUCACUCGAUCUGAGAAGGUCAAGGAUGAACUUAUAUUGGACGGAAAUGAUAUUGAACUUGUAUCCCAGUCAGCUGCUUUGAUAAACCAGAAAUGCCAUGUUAAGAACAAAGAUAUUAGAAAAUUCCUUGAUGGUAUCUAUGUGAGCGAGAAGGGCAGAAUUGCUGAGCAAGAGUGAAUUCUUAAUAGCUGGGGAAUAAUGUAGCAAUUCAUAGUUUUGCCAACUUGUUUUGUAGGGUUUUUUUUUUUUUUCCCUUUUUCUGAACUUUUUCCUUUUUUUUUGGGUUUUCCGGAAUUUUUGGAUUGUGAGAUUUUGGGUUUCUGAUGAGUUUUUUUUUCCCGGUUCCCUCUUAAUGAAUUUGAUCUUUGUGGAAGUUGCUUCA